AUGGCUACUUCAGUAACUGACUCUGUGUCAGCCACACCUUCUGUAUUAUCUGAAGCGCCUUCUGCUACACUUCUUCCUGUGCCUACUGCUGCUCCAAACUCUACCAGAUUACAAAAUUAUUUAGAACAUAUAAAGUUGGAGCUAGAAUUAGCAGAGCGAGAUCAAAUUAUUGCUAAUCUCAAGGGACAAAACGAUUCUCUUAAUAAGAUCAUUUCUUUAUUGGAGCCUUCAACCUUCAAGGAUUCUCCCCCUCUUGCUGAACAGCCUCCCUGUCCUGCAGAGCGUCAAUCUACUGUUGUUCAGCGACGAAAGAAGAAGGAUUCCCCACCUAAGAGACAGCAGAAGCUUUCUGACCACGUGCUUUUGGUCUCAUCCAAGGAUCGCAGUGUCUCUCCGAGGGCCUUACAAGAAAAAUUGGCCACCACUUUAGUGCCCAAGAAAGUUGGUACUAAAAUUCAGCAAAUCCGGCCUACCCGUGCAAACGAGCUCCUAAUUCGCUGUGCUACUGAGGAGCAUCUUUGUUCCAUUAAAGAUUCUAUCACCUCUCAUUCGAAGCUUUCAGACUUGCUUCACUUACGCACAGCUAAGCCCAUUUGUGCUGGUCUGUCUCCGGGUGCCUCUUCUACUGCUGACAUAGCCAAGUGCAUACUUUCCUCCUUAUUUCAAGACGAUGAUGCGACAGAGGACACUACACACCAGGCUUCAUUACGUUAUCUUUAUAAUAAUUAUACACCUGGUCAAGAGCACACUUGUCAACUUCCGACCCUACAGGAAAUCACCAAUAUCAUACGGCAUCUCAAUAUCAAAAACGCGCCUGGGCCUGAUGGCCUUGACAGUUCUAUACUGCGAAUGCUCCUCAAAAUAGAUCCCCAAUUCUUACUCAACUUCAUACAUGCCUGCUGGAAGUUUCGUCAUUUUCCGUUCAAUUCUAAAUUAGCAGAGGUGGUAUUAUUUUUGAAGAACGGCAAGGAUGCAUUUCAGCCAAGGUCUUAUAGGCCUAUAUGUCUCAUUCCAUCUCUCAGCAAACUUUUAGAGCGCAUAAUUCUUGGCAGACUUAAUUACUACCUCUCACAGCAUAAUAUCCUGAAUGAUUUUCAGUACGGAUUUCGAAAGGGUAGAUCAGCUGAGAUGUCCAUAGAACGACUGCUCUUAACAAUUCAAGAUAAUAGAGCGAGCCUCCACCACACUUUAGUUAUUAGCAUCGAUAUACAAGGCGCAUUUGAUUCUCUCUGGUGGCCAGACAUCAUUGAUGCUCUGGUCACCAUGGGCUGUCCUUCCAUCUUAACUGAUCUAAUUUACAGCUACCUACAAGAUCGCAGGGUUAGAAUUACGCUCGAUGGUAGCAUAGUACAUCAUUCACUUUCCAAGGAAUGUCCUCAAGGAUCUUGCCUUGGUCCAAUUCUAUGGACCAUUGUUGCUAAUUCUCUGCUUAAUGCUCUUCAGAACCUCAAUAACUGCACCUCAAUAGCUUAUGCUGAUGACUUUCUUCUAAUUGUUAAAGGACGGUCGCGUAUUGGACAUUCUGCACAGCCUAAUGUUACUCUGCGUACUGACUCAAGAUGGGCUUCUUGCAGAGGCCACUGGAAACCAGUGUGCUUUGAAUCUCUGCGAAAUUUAAGUCUGUUAUUAUGGGCUGCAUAA